CUUUUCGACAUCAUCCUGCAAGAACCGCAGGCAACCAUAAUUUCACAGUGUAUAUACAGACUCAUGGCUGUCCUGGAAUCACCUAACUGAUCGCUAUCGUUCCGGUUUGUUGCUAGCUAUCAGUUGUGAGCGCUGCAUCAUACGGGACGUAAUUGGCGUACUUCUAGACAACAUUCGGAGCAUUGGAGUAAAACCACAUAAUCAGAUCUGCGAGACUCAUCGUUUUCCUUGAACGAUGGCGCGCAAGGAUCCAUCUCACGACGAAGUCACACCGCUCCUCGCCGCGAUCGAAGAAGUGCCCAUCACUGCAUCAUCAAGGGAAGGCGAGCAGGCACUCCUAGCCGCAUCGAAUGGACAUCCGAAGAAGCACACUGGUAAUGGGACGUUCUCAGCUGCUAAUGGCGCUGGAAAGCCAGUCGAUCAACCUGGCAGGAGCUCCGAGGGUGCUGCGAGCGACGACAUCGACAAGCCAUUGCCGAAGUUUCAGAUCUUACUGUUAUGCUACGCACGAUUUGUCGAGCCACUCUCGUUUUUCUGUAUCUUCCCGUAUCUGCCACAGAUGAUCGCGAAUACGGGAGAGGUGGAGCCGAGUGGGGUGGGUUUUUAUAGUGGGUUGAUUGAGUCCCUCUUCUCGCUCACGCAGAUGUGUCUCAUGAUAGGAUGGGGCCGAGCAGCAGACUACUUCGGCCGCAAGCCGGUACUCCUGUUCUCGCUCUUUGGAAUGAGCACAGGCAUGGGCUUGUUCGGACUAAGCAAGACGCUGUGGCAGAUGAUCUUGUUCCGAUGUAUGGCGGGCAUGUUCGGCGGUGUGAUCAUUACCGUCCGAACGAUGAUCUCCGAGAACAGCACACAGAAAACACAGGCAACAGCAUUUAGCUGGUUCGCAUUCGCCUCCAAUGUCGGAAUCAUGGUCGGUCCCAUCGUCGGCGGCGUCUUCGCCGAGCCGGCCAAAAACCUCAGGCCCAUCUUCGGAGGCGUCUGGUUCUUCGAGGAAUACCCCUAUGCACUGCCCACAUUCAUCACCAGCGCCAUCGGCAUCAGCGCAUUCGUACUAUCCGCCAUAACCAUAAAAGAGACGCUCCCCUCGCACACCCGAUCCACCACCCCAACAACCCCCAACAAACCAACCUCCAUCCUCGCCCUCGCCCGCCAACCAAACAUAACCCGCGUCCUAUGGCUCUACACCCUAACCAGCCUAAUCGCAUUCGCCUACACCGCCGUCGUCCCCGUCUUCUUCUUCACCCCAACCGCAACCGGCGGCUGCGCUCUCACGCCGCCACAAAUCAGCAUCUUCAUGACCCUGGGCGGCUUCGCCCAGUCGGCAUACAUGCUCCUCGUCUUCCCGCCCCUGCACGCACGCAUCGGCACCAUCGGCAUCAUGCGCUGUGUCGCCGUGGUCUGGCCGAUCAGCAUGGCACUGUAUCCGCUGGCCAACGUGCUGCUUGCGCGCGGGACGCAUGCCGCGAAUGUGGCGUUCUGGGUGCUUGCGCCUGCUAUCACAGUGCUGACGUCGGGUGUUAGUAUGGGGUUUACGGCGGUGCAGUUGGCGCUCAAUGACGUGGUGCCUGAGCCGGAGAGUUUGGGGUCGUUGAAUGCGCUUGCCAUGGCGCUGGUUGCGGGCAUUCGCAGUUUUACGCCUGCGGUGAGUACGGUGAUAUUUGCGGCGGGCAUCGAGAGGCAUAUCUUGGGCGGUUAUCUCAUAUGGCUUGUUUUGGUCGGUUUGACGUUGGCAUACUCAGCGAGUGUGAGGGUGUUGCCAAGGAUUGCGUGGGGUAGAAAUGGGGACAAGGCGGACGAAGCGACGGCACAGGAAGAGGAGGGCUAAGGAAGUACAUUGAGACGGUUUCAGCGGUAGAUAGACUAGAGUAAGAGAGGAUGUAAAACAUAUGCCAAAACUUUGGCUUCUAAAGUCGUCCACAGCCCAAGGUAUAUGGGAGGUCAUCAUUCGCGUUCUGUCGAUAGCAAUGCCUUUGUUGUAUCAUUCCAUCAACUUAUUCAAU